CUUAUGUUUGUUUUUGGAGGCAGCAAAAGCGAUGGAUGCUUGGCUCCUCUUUGAUAUCAGAAAGAAAAGAAAAAAAGGAACCAAGUUCUCUGGUAAGAACUUUUACCGUUUCUUGCCUCAGAUCUUCCGACCGGCCCCAAUGGUUGUCUGACUUUCAAAGCAAGAAGAGCUGGUUAAGGAUAUAUCAUGGCAAUCAUGGGCGAUUAAUGAGAGGAACGAUGCUUUCAACUUUCCGCUGGUUUUGGACUGCUUGUUUCAGUGUUUGAGAUCGCGGCUUUGCAAGGUCUGUUCAAGCAUGACUCAACGAUUGCUUUAUUUCUAUCUACUAUAGAACUUCCACUUCUACAGCUGGUAAGCUUGCUUCCACUACCGCAUUUCUCUGAGCAUUUAUUCGUUGCAGGCUUAAGCUCUGGGUCGCUCUUUGUGACUACGAAACCAUUAAAACCAUCGGAGAGAACGAAAAGUAUAUAGCUGCCGUACAGGAAAUUGGAGUAUUUCAUAGACAUGUGUCCCUGGAAGCACAAAAGUAGCACGACACUCGAUUAUUCCGCGGGAUCUGUUCAUCCAGGCGACUUGAAGAAACCACUUACGGAAUCGACGAAUUGAAAAAACAAAGUUUAUAUAUAUACACCCCAGAUGCUUUUAUGUAUGUGGCGUCACAGCCGGUGCGAACGCGAUGCGAGAUCAUUUAAAAGCAAACUCCAAGGCCUCAUGAAAACGAAGAAACUAAAACUGGCGUGAAUCGUGAUUCACACCGACUCAAAAACUCAUGGCAAGUGCGUGUGUGGUUUUUACUUUUGGAGGCAGGGAAAGCGAUGGAUAUCUGGUUUCGCUUAGGGGUCUCUCUCAGCCGGCAUUCAGCGAAAAGAAAAAAACGAGAAAUAAAAAACGAUGAUAGAUUCACUCGUUUUGCCCCUCGAGUUUGAUCAUCAAUGUUUCGUGUCAGGGAGGUGUCUGGAUGGGGCGCUCUAUAAUUUCAUGUCACUGCUGGUGGAGAUUUGCUCAAAGAGAAGGUUGGUUUUUUUUUAUGGCGAGAGAUCGUUGACCACACCACCAACCGUUCUUUGAUGGAUUACGUGAGUAAUGCGAUGCGCGAGCUACGUGAGUGAUUGGAAACAAUCACACAAGAGAUGCACGACUGUGACACUUAGAGCACCGAGCAAGGAAUGGAGCUAGCUGGCUGAGCUGUGCGGGAAUAUUCUAUUGCCCAAUAAACCCUAAUAAAAUAUACCUUGGGUGUUUUUGGGGGUUCUAGGGUUUCGGGGAGCAAGCUAAGUUUUCUUCCCGGCAUUUGCGAUAACUCCAUCGGAAAUGGCGACGCCGGCGGCAGCAGAUGCUACUGCCACGCCUCCUCCUCCUCUCCCCGACGAGGCGCAGCAAAAGAUCGAGGAGCCAGGGAAAGAAGAGGCGGCCAAGAUCGAGGAAUCUCCAGCUCCAUCUCCAGCUCCAGCUCCAGCAGCGCCAGCGCCAGCGUCGGAAUCCGGGAAUGGCGAAGCUGCAGCGGAGGCAGCGAAAGAGGGGGAAGCGCCAGAAGAAGCGGCGGUGCCGGGGCCAGUGGAUGAUAGUCUUCCGUCUUUCAAGGAGGAGAGCUACUUCGAGAAAGAUCUAAAGGAGUCGGAGAAGAAGGCGCUGCAUGAAUUGUCGGACAAGGUAGAGGCGGCGAUCAAGGCCAAGGAGUUUGUGUUGCCGCCCAAGGUGGAGGUCGUCAAGGAGACAACGGAGAUUGCUAAGGUGGAUGAGGCUGUGAUUGUGGCCACCACGAUCGAGAAGGAUGUCAAGGAGGGCGAUUUGGAGGUGAAGAUUCAGGAGGCUGCAGUGGCUGUGAUCGCCCCCGAGGAGGCAGCACCAGAACUGCCACUGUCGGAAGCUCCCAAGGAGGAAGAAGCCACGACCACUCCAGCGGCAUCGUCCGAGGCUGCUGCUGCUCCAGAGCCCACCAGCGAAGAGGUAAAAGCUCCAGAAGCAAUUCCAAAGGUGGAAGAAACUCCAAAGCUGGAAGAAACUCCCAAGGUGGAAGAAGCUCCCAAGGCGGAAGAAACUCCAGUAGUGAAAGAGGAGGUGGAAGGAGGAGCUCCAGAAGCAAAAGCGGAAGAGCCCAAGAUUGAAGAAGCUCCUCCGGCAGCUCCAAUUGAUGAGGCUCCCAAAGAUGGCGUGAUAGUGGCUCCUCCGCUAGUGACGGAGACGACGCAGGUGGAAGAGGACACUGCUCCUCCGGAGGACUUGGAAUUGUGGGGAGUUCCGUUGCUGCCAAGCAAGGGUGAUCCGAGAACUCAGGUGAUUUUCCUCAAGUUUCUCCGGGCCAGGGACUUUAAGGUGAAGGACGCGUUUGCAAUGCUCAAGAACUGUGUGCUGUGGAGGAAGAGGUAUGGAGCUGACAAGAUUCUGGAGGAGGACUUGGGGACCGAGUUUGAGGCGUCGGCUUUCAACCACGGCGUGGACAAGGAGGGGCAUCCCGUGCAGUACAAUGACUUUGGAGCGUUCCAGGAUAAGGAUUUCUAUCAGAAAGUUUUUGGCGACGCUGCCAAGACAGAGAAGGCAUUGCGGUGGAGGGUGCAGCUAUUGGAGAAGCAAAUCCAGAGCUUGAAUUUCAAUCCAGGGGGUGUCACCUCAAUGCUACAGGUGGUCGACAUGAAGAACGCUCCUUUACUGGGGAAGAAAGGUGUCCGGCUUUUUAUGAGCCAGGCUCUUAAACUUCUAACGGACAACUAUCCGGAGCUUGUCGUGAAAAUCGUUCUUUUGAAUACUCCCUGGUAUUUCAGUACCAUCUAUGCAUUUAUCAGUCCCUUCUUCACGCAACGUACCAAGAGCAAGUUCACGUUCGGGGGGAGCUCUUUGUUCAAAUUUAUCUCUCCCGACAACAUUCCUGUGCAAUACGGCGGUCUGAGCAGAGCUAAUGAUACUGAAUUUGGAGGAGAUGCCAGUGCUUCGGUGACAGAGCUGGUACUAAAAGCUGGCGAGAAGAAGACUGCCAGUAUUGAAGUGUCAGGGGCUGGAGAUACAGUGGUUUGGGAAUUUGCACUAGUAGGCUCGGACGUGACAUACGGUGCCGAGUUUGUCCCCAGCAAGGAGGGAGGGUACACCACGAUAGUUGUGAAACCGAAAAAGAUAACAUCGCUCGAGGAGCCUAUCCGCAACACUUUCAAGUCGCCAGAGCCUGGUAAUCUCGUGCUUUCAGUCGAUAACACUUUGUCCAGGAAGAAGAAGACCGCGCUCUACAGAUACAUCAUAAAGCCGCCUCCAGCAGCGGUGUGAAGAGAAGAGAAAAGAAGAAAAGGAGGUCAGUAGCUCACAACGAUUCUGCACAGCUCUGCUUUUUCUAAUUUGCCACCACAUGCCACUGCUGUUCGUGGAGAUUUGCUAGCUUUGUUUUUUCUUUCUCUAUUUCGCCUCUGCGCUGAAUCCAUUUUUGGAGCCUUUAUUGCUUCUACAGCUUAGAGUGUUUUGUGUAUAGUUUUUCUUCUUCCGCGUUUUCUCUCCUCGUGUUUUUCUUGCCGGCAUUCUUUUGGAUCUCACUGCUGCUUUGUUUUGCUCUAGCUAUCAAAAUAAUGUUCUCGUUUUCUCCUCUCGCGUUGCAAGUGUUUGUACGAGUUUAUCGCUGGGCUGUACACUCGUGCAGUGUCAAUAAUGCAAGUCUGCAAGUGGCAUCCUUGGUUUAGUUUGUUUGGUCGCAUUUUCUUCUUGGGUUUGUCAUGCCAGCAAGCAUCCGUGGGACCGAGUUGGGUGAGAGAUGAGCUGAGCACAGCGAGCCCAGCGAGCCCAGCACACGAACAGUGCAGCCAACUACAGAAAGAAGAUGGAAAAUUCUUUGACUUUAGAGCUUCCGGAUCGAAAGAUUAAAGAAAAAGUUUGUCGAUGCCAGCUGAAAGGUUCGAGUUUUGUUUUC